UUCACUUUUUGUCCAUCACUUUAAUUUCUUUUGCCUUUCUUUUUAUUUUUCAAUCUUUCUCACUAACGACAUCAAUACAAAAAAAUCAACAUCAUCAUGACAGAACAACAAUCAAAUACAGGAACAGGUGACAAUCGUCAUCGUCGUACUGGAAGUCGCGGUGGAGGAAAUAAUACAGGAGGCGGAAACGGUGGUAGAAGAGGUCACAAUCCUUCAAACUCAUUCUCAGGUGGCGUGAAACCUACAAGGAGUGGCAGCGGAGGCGGUACCAACAAUAGAGGAACUUCCGGUAGCAUACAUGCUCCAAAUCAAUCAAACAAACGUACCGGAACAGAUUCCAACACCACUUUGGACAACAUUCAAAAUCUCAUUCAAGAUCUCAAAGCCAAUCCCGGUAGCGCUGAAAACGAAUCAGAGCUGUCAAACAUCGGCAGUCGGCUAGCAGCUCAAGAGGAACACCUUCAAACUCAAUUGCAACAACGUUUAGGUGGACCUCGCCAAGGCGGAAUGAAUAGGCCAUCACAUGGAGUAUCUCAAAGCUUCAGCAAUCGUGCUUUGCCAAGUUUGGGUGAAGACGUAGUCGCCGCUGAUGAUGCAAUGCAAUCCAGACAAGGCGGUCCUCGCUUUGCCGGAAAUGCAGCUUUCCAAAGCGCUGUUGCUCGGCAUUCGGCUUCUGGUAAUCAAGGCCAUCAACGUCAACGCAGCUUGCAAGAACGUUUCGCAGAGAUGGGCUUUCCAGCUCCAAGUGCAGGCACAGGCACAGAGGGUGUAGGAGAAGAAGGCGAUGACGGUAGCAGUAUUGCCGAUUUCGCAGGCACACAUGCAUUUGAUCCUACACGUUCUUACCAAUCCCCUCCUGCUCAGCAACAACGCGGUCACCAUCAAGGUAGCUUGAGUAUGGCUGGUUUCGAACCGCAUCGUCGAAACGAUUUGGAUUUAUCAGCUUUACGUGGAGGUCAUGGUCAUACAGCCAGCAUGGGUGGCGGUGAUCUCUUCAACGAGAGCAUUGCAUUGCAACAACAGAUCGAACUUCUCCAACUGCAACAACAACAACUCUUACAACAACAGAUUCACUUCAACCCUUCCACCGCUUUGGGAGGUCAACCACAAGGCGGAAGACCACAACCACAAACGCCCAUCAAUCGUCUCGCAGGUCAUCGUAGAAUCCAAAGCUAUGCACCACAAACAGGACCAAUGGGCAACUUUGCCACAACUGGAUCCAAUCUAGGAAGUUUGGGAGGCGUGCAAGCUCAACAAGCAGCCAAUCAACUUCCUCGUGGUCAUGGACGCCGUCAUUCAGUUAACGUUCUCAACAAGAACGCUGGCGGUGUAGGUCAAGCUGCACCUGCUCCUGCAGAUGGGUCUAUUGGCGCUCUUGACUACAACUUCACAUCUCCUCCUGAUCAACAAGCAUACAGCGUACCUCUUGCUCAACCUCAACAACACGUCGCCCAAAGCGGUCACUUCAGUCACCCAUCCGUUCAACUAGCCUCCCUCUCUCCUGAAUACCUCAUGGCAGGAGGUGGUUUGGUGAACUUGUCUGCGAUGAACUUUGGCGGUGGUAUGGGUGACCUCGCUGAUGGCUUCGGCGGAGGUGGAGGCGGCGGUGGCGGUCGUGGACAUGGUCGCUCAGGCUCGCAAAACUGGCGUAUCAAUGGAGGAACACCAUCACAGAUGAAUGACUUGGCAGCUGCACAAGCUCAAUUGAUCAAUCUCCAUCAAAUCCGCGCUCAAGCUGGCGGAGGCGGUGGCCAUGGACACGCAAAGAAUGCUUCAUUCGGAGGCGGCUUCAACCCUGCUUUGAUGGGUGCUGGAUUCUCUGCACAAGGACCACUCAGUCCUGCAGGACCUCAACGUAAAGCAUUGUUUGGCUCUUACCUCCCUCAGGCUAGUUUGCCUCCUCUUUUGGCAGCUGGUAAGAUUGUUGUGGGUGUCUUGCGUGUCAAUCAACGCAACCGUUCAGAUGCCUAUGUUGCAACAGAAGUGCUUCAAAGCGAUAUCUUCAUCAGCGGAAGUAAGGAUCGUAAUCGUGCCUUGGAUGGCGAUGUUGUUGCUGUUGAAUUAUUGGAUCCUAACGAGGUUUGGUCAAUCAAGAAGGAGAAAGAAGACAAGAAGAAGCGCAAGGAGGAACAAGGUCAAAACUCAGCACAAAACAUGUCAGCCACAAGACGACCCGACAAGGCAAAAGAUGAUUUGGAAGUCGAAGGAAGUCAAUUGCGUUUGAUCGAUGAUGAAAAUGAGGCAGAAGAUGCACCACCUGCAUUGGCUGGACACGUUGUUGCUAUCAUCGAACGUACACCAAACAAGCUCUUCUCCGGUACCAUUGGUCUUUUGCGUCCCAGCAGUGCGGCUACGAAGGAGAAACAACAAGCAGAGCGUGCCGCCCGCGAAGGCGGCGAUGCGUCCACAUAUGACUCUUACAAUGCAUCACAACGCCCCAAGAUCAUUUGGUUCCGUCCUAGCGACAAACGUUGCCCGUUGGUAGCUAUCCCUGCCGAUCAAGCACCAACUGAAUUCUGGGACGAUCCAAAAGCAUAUGAGAACAGGUUGUUUGUUUGCUCCAUCAAGCGUUGGCCUUUAACUUCUCUGCAUCCUUUCGGUACGCUUGUGGAGGAAUUGGGUGUGAUUGGAAAUCGGGAAGCAUUGUCUGCCGCAAUUUUCAAGGAGUGCUUGAGUAUUGACGAAAACUUUAGCGAUAGUGCUCUCAAAUGUCUUCCACCUCUACCUUGGUCUAUUCCUGAACGCGAAUACACGACUCGACGUGAUUUCCGUAGCAAUCGUGUGUUUACUAUCGAUCCACCAACAGCAAAAGAUUUGGAUGAUGCAGUAAGUGUCGUCAAGUUGGACGGUGGAUUGUAUGAGAUUGGUGUACAUAUUGCCGAUGUAUCAUACUUUGUCAAGAUGGGUUCUGCAUUGGACCGUGAAGCUCGUAAACGUGGUACUUCGGUUUACAUGGUCGAACGUAUGAUUCCCAUGUUACCUCCUACGCUCAGUGAAGAGCUUUGCUCGUUACGUCCAGGUGUGGAACGAUUGGCAUACUCUUGUGUGUUUACGAUGAACAAGGAUGCACAUGUUAUUGGCACUUGGAUGGGCAGAACGGUGAUCAAAUCAUGCGGUCAAUUGGCUUACGGGGAUGCACAAGAGGUCAUUGACGGCAAUCACCUUGAUGCCAGUAAGCUUAACACACAUCCUGCUGCAGACGUAGAAGCAGACAUUCUGAUCCUGCACAGCUUAGCACAAAAGAUGCGUAAUCGUCGAUUCGAGAAUGGUGCCGUUCGAAUUGAUAAUAUCAAGUUAUCUUUCCGUUUGGAUGAGAAUGGUAUGCCGACUGAUACGACUACACACAAGCAAAAAGAAGCAAACCGUUUGAUCGAAGAAUUUAUGUUGUUGGCCAAUAUGACAGUUGCCCAACAAGCGGCUGCAGGUUUGCCAGAUCUUGCAUUGUUGCGCAGACACGAAAAGCCUCUUGAGCGAAGACUUGCUGGAUUCGAGAGACGUGCAGAACAGAUGGGCUUCAAGAUUGACACAAGCAGCGGUGGUACGAUCUACAAAAGCUUGCAAGCUAUCAAAGAUGACACAACCCGGAAAACUUUAGAAGCAUUGAUUACCAAAUCUAUGUUACGUGCCAAGUACUUCUGCACAGGAAUGGUGGAUAUUUCCAAAUAUUCCCACUUUGCGCUCAAUGUGCCACUCUACACCCACUUCACCAGUCCAAUCCGUCGUUAUGCCGAUGUGAUGGUACACAGACAAUUGGAGAACAUCUUGACUGGAGCCGAAAAGUUCCCAAUCGAUUCAGAAGGAAUGGCAAAGAUUGCACAACAAUGUAACGUCAAACGUGAUGCAGCUAAAUUGGCUCAAGAGCAAAGCGAUCAUUUAUUCUUGUGCUUAUUGAUUCACGAUCUUACAGUUCGUUAUGGACCCGUCAUUCGUCAAGCAACGAUUAUGGGUGUUUUGGAUGCUGCAUUUGAUGUGAUUGUCCAUGAAUUUGGAAUCGAGAAGCGUGUCCAUGUUGAUCAAAUCCCGGUCGAACAUCAUUCUUAUGAUGAACAUGAUGGUGUUUUGAGUCUGUACUGGACUCGUGGAAAGGAUACGAUUGAAUGGUUGAACGAUCGCAACGAUGAUUCUCAUUUGAAGGCUAUUCGUGCCUAUGCACAACAUCAUGCACAAAAGCAAGAGAUGCGUAUGGCAAGUCAAACGACCGAUGCGGAAGCCGCAUUAUUCGAAGAUGAUGAUGACGAAGAAUUAAAAGAAGCACAACGUAAAGUUUGGAGUGGAGAAGAUGCAGAAGGAAGUGAACAAAGAACGAAAAGCUUCCAAAAUAAUGAAAUUCCUUGUCAAGGAGCAAAAAUUUCCACAACCGGUCAUAGAAUUCAAGAAGUUAAAGAACUUCAAACAUGUCCUGUUGUUAUUACAGCAGAUAUGGAGAAAGCACCUCCAGUUAUCAAAGUGUUUGCUGUGAACCCUUGGGGACAUGAACAUGUUGAUGAAUGAGGAAUCAAACACAAAAAUACAAAAAUGAAUUGUACAGCGCCGUUUCUUUUUGGCUGCCUA